UUUGCCCUAAAUACAAUUUCUCCGUUCCUUUCGAGAAGCGAGUGGAUGAUGUUUUGAGCUACUUUCGAUCUUCCCAUUGAUGAGAUCCCUAUUUUUCGUUGCCUUAUAUUUUGAGGAACCCGACUCCAAAGAGCAUGCUUGGUAGAUUGAUUGCAGGCCUUGAAAGAAGAGGCAUUUUCGAAGAUGUGACCAUCAUCCUUGUGGGGGAUCAUGGAAUGGUCAGCACUUGUGAUCAAAGAAUCAUCUUUCUGGAUGAUCUAUCUCCAUGGCCAUGGAUUGAAAUCCCUGAGAAGUGGGUACAAUGUUACGGUCCAUUGCUGCCAAUUCAGCCUCCGGAACAUCUAUGCGGCGGGGUGGUGGCAGCUAUGAAUCAAGGAUUGAGCUCUGGUAAGGUGGAUAAUGGUCAGCAUUUGAGCGUUUAUCUAAAGGAUGAGCUGCCUGAGAGGUUGCAUUAUUGGUCAAGCUAUCGGAUUCCCCCUAUUGUCGGCCUUGUGGAUGAGGGGUACAAAUUGGUGGCAAAGAGACCGAUGAGUAAUAUAUCCGGAGGGGACCAUGGCUAUGACAAUGCAUUGCUCUCAAUGCGAAGCAUUUUUGUGGCUCAUGGACCUCAGUUUGAGAGAGGGAGGAAGGUUCCACCAUUUGAGAAUAUUCAGAUAUACAAAUUGGUCACCUCCAUUCUCGGAUUCAGAGGAGCUCCAAACAAUGGUUCUUAUACAUUUCCAGCUUUGAUUCUUCUAUCUGACACUUGACUUGUGAACAUAGUGUUGUACCUGCAGAUUUACGUUUAUUAUGGAUAUUUGGUGUACUAUUGGAUAGUAAUGCAAGUUGUUCUGGUUAAUGUUCCA